AACCUACUCAAACAGCAUCACUUACUUACUGCUUCCCUAUUGCUUUCGGCUUGUCUUUUAAGAACUCCCUCGUCAUUGGUGUCUAGCCUCGUUACCAGCAUGGAUUAUGAAAUGGACAUCGAGCCCACGGGGCCACAAGUCACAGUGCGCGAGGCCGAACCCUACCGCGUAGACUUCAAACUCAGCUCCGUCGACCUCGCCUUCGCUAACUCCCUUCGCCGCGUCAUGCUUGCCGAAAUCCCCACUAUGGCCAUUGACAUUGUCGAAGUCGAAAAGAACUCCUCUGUUCUUCCAGAUGAAAUGCUUGCCCACCGAUUAGGCCUGAUUCCGCUGGACUCGAAAAACUGCGACCAAGAUGUUGAAUACACGCGCGACUGCGAAUGCGAGGACCACUGCGCCCGGUGUAGUGUCACGCUCUCCCUCCAUGCGCGCUGCACAAGCGAUGAGAUAAUGCGUGUGUAUGCGCGCGAUUUAGUGAUAACUGGGGAGCGUGCAAAUGAAUGGGUUGGGAACCCUGUUAUUACAGACCCGGAUGGGAAUGGUCCGCUCAUUUGCAAGUUGAGACGCGGGCAAGAGCUGAAGAUGACUUGUAUCGCGAAGAAGGGGAUUGCGAAGGAGCAUUCAAAGUGGGCGCCUACGGCUGCUAUUGGGUUUGAGUAUGAUCCGCACAAUAACCUCAGACAUGUGGAUUAUUGGUACGAGGAGGAUCCCGUCAAGGAAUGGCCCGUCUCCCACAACGCCGCCUGGGAACCUGCAGCACCCGCAGACCAACCGUUCGACUAUGACGCCCAACCCAACAACUUCUACAUUGACGUUGAAAGUAUCGGAAAUCUUGAACCAGACAUGAUUAUUCAGCAGGGUAUCACUGUUCUCCAGCGUAAACUCGCCGCCGCUAUCAAAUCCCUUUCCGGUGAAGAUGGCACGAAUGGUGUUGUGGACGAAGAUAUGAUGGGAGUUCAGAGCCCAGACCCCUAUGAGCCUCGUGACGACGGCGGCUACACAGCCUACGCCAAUGGCGGGAGUGCCAGCGCUUGGGGUGGUGCUAAUGCUGCGACGCCCUACGGCGCUACGCCAUAUGGUGGUGGUAAUUUUGGGUUCUAGUCUUGAAGCCACCACAAUGGCUCUUGUCUUGACCGUAACAGAAUGACAGAGGGAGGCACAGGGCAAACAAGGGCCCAAAAAAAAAACUAUUUAAUAUCUUCACUUAGCAUGGGACGGAGUUCGCGGUUUGGAGGGUUCAUUUGGAGCCUAGGCGCGGUGUAUUCUCAUUUUGUUUCAAUUUGACGACCUCUGCUUUGAUCUACCGACUCUAUAUCAGCAGGCUCUCUUUGUGUAUUUUUUUGAACGCACACCCCCAGUUUAUGUGACCAUUAGACCAAGA